AUGAAGUCCUUCUCCAUCUUUGUCACUCUCCUCCUCCUCCUCCUCCUCCUCAUUAUCGCCGGCGCCACCGCCAACCUCCAAGAACUAUGCAAGCAAGCAACAGCAUCAUCAACCAUCGUGACCUAUGACUUCUGCAUUAAAAGUCUCCAACCAAUCCAUGGCAGCAAUGAAGUAGACGCAAAAGGACUUGCAGGCAUAACCAUCAACCUCUCCAUUUACAACUUGGUAGGCAUAAUCAACAUGCUUAGUGACCUUCAAUCAAAGACCACAAACCAAACAGUCCUUGAUGCAUUGAAUGCAUGCUCUGAUGGAAUAAACAAUGGUAAUACCCAAUUGAAGAUGGCACAAACUUUAGUGUCAAAUGGGCGCAUUCAAGAUGCUUUGACUUCAGUUAAAGUUGCUGAAGGGUCUUCAGAUGUUUGUGACAAUGCUUUCAAUCAACGUGGCGUUCAGUCUCCUGUCCAUGAUGCCAUGCAUGAUCCUGUCUUGGUGUGUGACUUGGCUGAUCUUAUCAUUCAGCUUCUUGCUUGA